AUGACAAUGAAGUUGCUGAGGGUUCCAUCCCUUAAGAGAAUGAUCUCUUCACCAAGAGUGGAUAAACUAUCAGAUUUCAAUGAAUACAAUACAUCAUCUGUUGCAGAGAAGGGACAUUUCUUUCUUUAUACAUCGGAGGGGAAGCGAUUCAUGGUUCCCUUGGCAUAUCUCACCAAUAAUGUCUUCAAGGAGCUCUUGAAGAUAUCUGAAGAAGAAUUUGGGUUGCCAGGCGAUGAUCCCAUCACAUUGCCCUGUGAUGCAGCAUCAAUGGAGUAUAUGCUGUCCAUGCUGAGAAGAGGAGUAUCUGAAGAGGUGGAAAAGUCAUUGCUUAGCUCCAUUUUCAUUUCUUACAAAUCAACAUGCUCUGAUCUUGCCAUACAAAAUACUCAAUAUCUUGCAGUUUGUAGUUGCUGA